UGAUAAAUUAUUAAAUUAUGGCUAAACCUUUAAAUGCAGUUUUGGGCACAUUCUUCUUUUAAUUCUGGAUCAUAUUUAUGGGAUUAGCAGGCUACAUGCUAUACAGAUUGAUUGUUUAUAGAGAAUCUUGGAAUAUUGCCCUUUUUGUUGUGACUAUGAUUUUGCAAUUGAGGUACGUAAAAUCAGAAGCGUUCAUAAAAUUUUAACUAUGGUUUAAUAUCAUGGAAUGGUUUGACAAGAGAGAAAUAGUGGAAAUGGAGAAACCUAAGAAAAACAAUUCAAUGGUAAAAGAUGGUAAUAAUUUAGUUUUGCUUUCAUCCACACGGCAUAUACAGCAUGGGAAUGGUUCAUAAUUUGUAUACAAAGAAUACCUUCUUUGAAAAUUUGGUUGUAUUGAGUUCACGAUUCGCAUUAUCGAUACCAUUUUCUGGACUCCUCUUAACACUAUUUGGAUUGGAAGGAGUGCAUCCAGAGAACCUAACUAAGUUGUUGAAGAAGGGAUCAAAUGUAGGUAUAAUGGUGGGAGGAUUUGAGGAGGCUACACUCACGAAGUAUGGAGAGAACAGGGUUUACAUAAAGGAGAGAAAGGGUUUCGUAAAGUAUGCUUUGAGAUACGGGACUACAAUCUAUCCUGUGUUUACAUUUGGUGAAAACAAUAUGUUUUAUACUUUCAAUGGGUUUUAAUCAUUGAGACUUUGGCUUAAUAAAUUUAAGUUGAUAGGAACCAUCUAUUGGAGUAGAUUCUUCACAGUGCCUGUAUUAGAAUAUAAUUAAGUUAUAUAGGAACCUCACAUUGAGAUGAUAACGGUUUGUGGUAAAGGAAUAGAAUUGCCAAAAAUUGAGAAUCCAUCAAAAGAGGAUGUGGAUAAAUAUCACCAAAUUUAUAUCCAGGGAUUGAAGGAGUUAUAUGAUACUUAUGCUCCAAAAUAUGCACCAAAAGUACCGUUAUAGAUUUAUUGA